UGUCAGAAAGCUCCUGAGUACCCACAGUUAAGCAGAGAGAAGAAAGAUAUGGGCGAAGAAGGAACAUCUUCCGCCAAAUCGAAUUUUGACAGAGACAAAGCGGAGAAAAUGGUGCGUAAGAUGGCCUCCUCGGCUGUGAAUGAACUCCUCCAAAGGACGGAACUGUGCGACGUGGUGAUCAAGGUCGAGGGCGACAGGUUCAACGCGCACAAGAUCAUCCUGUGCAGCUGCAGCGAGUACUUCUGCGCUCUCUUCACCGGUGCCUGGGCCAACCCAAAAAAGAAGUCGUACAUUAUCCCCGGGGUGUCGCCCGCGAUGAUGCGCCUCAUCAUUGAUUACGCCUACACUCAAAAUGUUGAUGUGACGGAGGACAACGUGUUGGAGCUUUUAGCAGCAGCAGACCAGUUCUUGGUCUCUGGGAUUGUUCAGAGAUGCUGCUUCUUCCUGGAGGACCAGCUGUGCUUGUCGAACUGCAUUGGCAUCUGGAGGCUGAUGCACUUCUACCACUUGCCCAGGCUGACACACAAGGUCUUCCUCUUCAUCCUGCAACACUUUGAUGAGAUCAUCGCUGUCUCGCAGGAGAUCUUGGAGCUCUCCGUGCAGCAGCUGUCGGCCAUCAUUGAACACGACCACCUCAAUGUGAGGCGAGAAAGCACGGUGUUUGAGACCAUCCUGCACUGGAUCUCCCACCAGCCAGACCAAAGAAGGGGUCAAAUCUUUGAGCUACUGUCUGAGGUGCGGCUUGGCUUGAUGACCGCCAUCUACCUCCAGGACGUUGUGAAGGAGAACGCUCUGAUAAAGGACAGCGCCAAAUGCGUUUCCAUCAUCGACGCCGCAGUGGCCAAGUUCAUGGACCUUCGUUGCAAAUCCUCAAAACCCGAUUACAGUGACCGGCUAAGCCGCCCACGCCUGCCCUCCUCCAUCUUACUGGUCACAGGGGGCAAGAACGCCCGAAACGCCGCCACCGGCCUGGACGCCUACGACGCCCGGGCCGACUGCUGGGUCCCGAUAAGAGCCGGGGAGAUCCGCCGCAAUCACCACGGCGCCGCCCUCCUCGGCGGCUUCAUGUACGUGAUCGGCGGCAGAAACAGAGGAAUCCAACUGAACACCGCGAUGAAGUUCGACCUCGUCAACCGCACGUGGCACCCGGUGAUGCCCAUGAACUGCUGCCGCGACCACGUCUGCGUCGCCGUGCAGAACGGGUGCAUUUACGCCCUCGGAGGCUUUAGCGAUGACUUAUACCACAACAGCGUUGAGCGCUACACACCCGAAACGGACCAGUGGACCAUGGUGGCACCAAUGCAUACGAAGAGGAGUAGCGCCAGUGCCGCGACUCUCAGGGGCAAGGUGUACGUUUGCGGAGGUUACAACGGGACUCGGAGCCUCACCUUGGCCGAACGCUACGACCCGAACACCAACCAGUGGACCGUGAUCCCCAACAUGAGGAGCUCCCGGAGGGGUCUGGGGAUCGCUGCCUACAAAGACCUCAUCUAUGCGAUAGGCGGCACCAGUAGCGGGAGCAUCCAUCUGCGCACUGUCGAGACCUACAACCCUGACACCGACCGGUGGAGAAACGCACCGUCCAUGUGCUGUGCCCGCAGCUUCUUCGGGCUUGAGGUGAUGGAGGAGCAGCUCAUUGUGGUUGGAGGAUUUGGAGGCACUGCCGCGAUGUUAACCGUGGAGCGCUAUGACGACGAUGUUGGCAUGUGGUUACGUGCCUCUGACAUGGAGACGCCCCGCAGCGGCCAGAGCUGCUGCGUGCUGCACGGACUCCACGGCGUGAUGGAGGACCUGUUCCAUUGUGGUUCCCCUACGAUGCCCACUGUGGUGGAAGCAGCGGGUGGAUCCACGUAAUCCAACCGAG